AUGCUUGGGCAACUCGUCGCUUACGAAGCAGAACACGGCUGGCACGGCGCGUACAGACCAGCAAUGGUAGAGGAGCUAGCCUCGUCGUCGGCGCCGUCGCCAGAGAUCCUGACAGGCACUGACAAAGUAGCGUACGAGUGGACUGGCACGGUGUUGCUUCUGUCCGUUCUCUUUCACGACGUCGUCUACGAUCCAACUCGUGGCGACAACGAGAAUGCAAGUGCGGUGGUCGCCGCGGAGUUCCUCCAGAUGAUGCAGCGUGAGAGUGAGGCGAUCAUCAGCUCUUCAGUAGUACUCACUGCCGCCGCUGCUGCACCGACUAGCGUGGCCGGCUCGUCUGCAUUGUCUUCCGCGAGUAGUAUCACAGGCGCUGUGGACGAUGUGAGCCAGCAGCACUCUCCUUCCUUCUCUUCUGCACUGCCGCUUCUCUGGGUCGACGCACAGGCGAUUGAAUUUGUGCGUGACUCCACAAUGACGUACAUACUGAAGACGAAGGAGCACCUCUUGGUUGAGCCGAAGCAGCCGUUGCGCCUGCCAGCCUCUCCUGCAGAGACCUCCACAUGGGCAGAGACGGUGGUAGCGAGUGCUGUUGUGCAGCAGGGCCGUGACGACCCACUGCAUGUGUUUCUGGAUCUGGACCUGGCCAUCCUUGGACACCCGGACGCCGACACGUAUCGUCACCGCUACGCAGAGAACAUUCAGCGCGAGUACAGCCACUACCCCCGCGCCGACUUCUUGAAGGGACGUGCUGGCUUCCUGAACGACUUUGCGCAGCACCCGCAGUGGUACAAGACACCGUACUUCUUCUACCGACUUGAGGCUCAAGCGCGACACAACACUGCGCAGGAGUCGAAGGCGUUGAGCGUGGAGCUGGCAGAGGUGCAGUUGGCAUCCUGA